AUGGAGACUGAGAAGCAGAGGAACGAGUGGAUUACGCAGGUUACCCGGAGAGAGUUCACCCCCCACAGUGCCCAGAACGAACGAGAAUUUGAGGAAUGGGUUGACAAGAUUGCGGAAGAGGUGAGCCAGCGGACGUUUCGAAUGCAUGAGCCUAGUCUGAUCAAUAUCGUGAUCGGACAGCUCCCGGUGGCGUUGAAGCAGUUGGUGGCGGAGUUCUCGCUCGAGGACCGGCAGGAGGUAGAGUGCUGCCACAUACUCGCACUUCACGCUAUUACUUGCGCACAGUACGUGAACUGGAUUUUGGCUAUGACCGCCCUAGCGGUGCACUGGAUUGGUCACGCGUAA